GCGAGCGAAAGCGGCAGCAAGCGGCCGCGAAGGACGAGGUGUGUUUCCGAUGUGGGACUGUCGGACACCGAGAUCGCACCUGUCAGCGCAAAGUGUGGUGCAGACAUUGCAGGAGCGCCACACAGAGCGGAGACCUACCGAAGCCAAAAUCGCCGAGAUGAUGCCCGUAAAGCUACAGAAGAAGCCGGAGGAGCACGAGUACGCGUUCCGGCUGAGUUACAUGUCAGCUGACCUCCAGCCGAGCCGGGAUGUGAACGUGAGGGGCCUCAUGGUCGACUGCGGUGCAACCUCGCACAUCAUCACUGACCUCGCCAAGUUCAAAAGUUUUGACGAGAGCUUCAAGGCCGAGUCACACUGUGUGGAGCUGGCAGAUGGGACACGGUGCAGCGGUGGAGCCGAGCGGCGAGGGGACGCGGGCGUUAGUCUGAUGGACAGCCGGGGCCGAGCGUUGAAGACCACGCUGAGAGGCGCCUUGUACAUCCCCUCCUGUCCUCAAGACAUCUUCUCUGUCAAAGCGGCUACAGUCAGCGACGGGACGGUGAUCUUCAAGAUGGACAAAGACGUGUUGAUCCACAAAAACGGAGCUCUGUUCUGGACGGUCCUCUGGACUCCGUGGAGGAAGUGGGGGAGAGAAGGACGUUGGCUAAGCUGACAUCCAUCAUGGACAACACCUCUCACCCGCUACGUGACACUGUGGGUUCCCUUAGCAGCUCCUUCAGCAGCAGACUGUUACACCCACGGUGUAAGAAGGAGAAGUUCCGCAGGUCCUUCAUACCGACCGCUGUCAGGCUCUACAACACCUGCACCACCUGAACCAUGUUGUAGUCACUAUGUAUUCUUUACUUGCGUAUCUUGCUUGCUGCUGUAACAAGUGAAUUUCCCUGCUGUGGGAUAA